AUGGGACGUCGUCGCUUCGCGAAGAAGGGGGAGGAUGUGCGUCACUUCAAGCUCGUCGCACGUCCAGGGGCCGAUGAUGAUGACGAUAAGCCGCCGCUCGUCCUGGAGCCUUUUGCGCCGCCAGGGUCCCUUCGCCGCACCGGCAAGACAGAGGCUGAAAUGCUCGCCGUUCCUGAGAGCCUGCAAUCCCAUGUGGGGUCGGCCAUUUUCCAACCUGGCCACGACGAUGACGAACGCGAUGGCAAAAGGAAGAAGGAAGCAACUGGCGGCCUCGAUGAGGACGUUGAUGUGGACGAGCUCGACGGUGACUGCUAUUUCCCACCGGAUGGCUACGACUACGAGCAGCAUUUGAAGACUGUCAGCGGCACGAAGAAGGCUAAGAGCGUGGUCGGUGUGGUGCUUGCGGCCCCCGAGCCGGUCAAGGAAGAGGACUUCCUCAAGCAGCAGCCUACGAAUGAUGAUGAGGAGGAGGUUUUGCGAGCACUGGAGCACGUGGAUGAGUACGAGGAGCUCGAGGACGAGGUCAUGGCAGAAGUGGUGGAUGGAGGUCUUGUUGAGCCCGACAUGGUCUUAUGGGGUCCUGCAUCGCUGGAAGACGCUUUGCAUCCGGACAUGUCUGUUUUUGCUGAGCACAAGGCCCUGUUGCAGUCGCGAGGCAGGACGGAUGCAGAGGGCGACAGUGACUUUGACGAUGGUCUAGAUGAGUUGAAUGGAGGAUACACAGCAGGGGGUGCGAAAGGAAGCAAUGCCAAGCCCAGAGACGAGGAUUUUGAGAGGUUUAUGGCAGACCAGUAUGGCGAUGAUGAGAUAGGACCUCGAGAUGAGGAUGACAUCGAGGGGCAGAUUGAACUGGACGACACGGUUCUGGAUGAGUACCUGAACGAGCAGAAGGCCGAGCAACAGGAGCUGAUCUCACUCUACGAGCCGCAGCGAGGCUUCAAGGACGAUGAGCCCCGUGUCAUCGCCGAGACACGCGCCAUCAUCGAAAGGCAUUACUUGGAGGAGGAAAGUGAAGAAGACACGGAGUCUGGCGACGAAAGUGAAGACGAGUCUAGGACGUGGGAUUGUGAGACGGUCCUCAGCACUCUGAGCAAUCUCUCCAACCGACCAGGCAGGAUUGGCAGACUGAAGAUCGUCAAGGAGAAGCCACAGCCACUGAAUCCUGUCAAAGAAGCUGAAGGAAAGGAUGACGAAGCUGAGGACGUGGUGGAGCUGCCUGAUGUGGUCACGACUCGCGAGAAGGGCGAAACCGCAGAAGAGAAGAGGGCUCGAAAGGCUUCUGUGAAGGAGAUGAGACGGAUCUGUAGACAAAUGAAGAAAGAAAGCAAAGACAUGUACAAGAAAGAGGCUGCAAAGUUGCCAGGCCAAGGUGGAGCUGACCUUCGGCAGAAAACGCGAACCGUGAAGUACUGA